GAGAAAGUACCGUCCACGCCCACGCCCACGCCCACGCCACGCUCCACAUCUUCCUGCGCUGUGGGCGAAUCCGUCAAAUCCGCAGUUUGUCCAAACUUCGAACUGCGAGAAGAUUUUCUGUGCUGAAUGCAGCGUUCCAUUCAUGGUUCUGUUGUGAGCUGAGCUGCCAGAGCUGCCAGAGGGAAAUUUCGUUUGGCAAAAUGCUGCACUGCAAGGUGACUCUGAGUUGUGGCACAUUGGGUCUGGGAAUUGAGCAGCUGCGGGCAGUGGAGAGCAGCUCAUAUUGUCGGAGACGGUCGUGGAAGGUGAGAUGCUCGAACAGCACAGCUCAGCAGACUACCGUUGUGAAGGAGGACGGGAAGCGCUCGAAGCAGGCGAGAGUGCUCGUGCUGGGAGGAACUGGGCGCGUCGGAGGCUCCACUGCCAGAGCUUUGGCUGCCACUGAUCCGGCUGUGCAGAUUGUUCUGGCUGGGCGUAAUCGGGAGAAAGGGGAGGCUUUGGCUAAGGAGCUUGGCGAAGGCACACAGUUUUCUCAAUUUGAUUUCGAAGACGCGGAGACAUUGAAGUCUAUUCUGAGUGAGGUGGAUUUGGUCGUCCACGCCGCUGGUCCUUUCCAAAGACGAACCAAUUGUAAUGUUUUGGAAGCAGCUCUAGCAACCAAGACUGCAUACAUUGAUGUCUGCGACGAUCAAGACUUUUCAAAACGUGCUAAGGGCUAUCACCAACAAGCUAUUGAUGCCAAUGUCCCUGCCAUGACGACCACGGGGAUCUACCCUGGUGUCAGCAACAUCAUGGCAGCAGAGCUUGUUCGACUAAAUCAAGAGGCCUCGUCGGAAAGUAAACCUUCACGUAUUCGGUACUCCUACUACACUGCAGGUACAGGUGGGGCAGGUCCCACCAUUCUGGCGACAAGCUUUCUUCUGCUCGGAGAAGAGGUUGUAGUGUAUCGUGAAGGCGAGAAGUUACUGCUGAAAGCUUACAGUGGGGUACGGGAUGUGGAUUUUGGCAAAGGACUUGGCAAAAAGCCGACCUAUCUUCUCAACCUACCCGAAGUGGCAAGCACUCAUGAAGUGCUGGGAGUACCUAGUGUAAGUGCUCGCUUUGGCACAGAUCCUGCGCUUUGGAAUUGGGGGAUGUCUGCAGUUGCCAACUUUGCUCCUGAGGGUUUCCUAAAAGACAAGUCCAAAGUGGAUGCUUUCGUGCAAAUGGUCGAUCCGGUUGUGAGAGCAUUGGAUGGAAUUGUCGGUGAGAAGGUGUCAAUGCGGGUUGAUCUAGACUGCACAGAUGGAAAAAAAGCUGUUGGCAUCUACACUCACAAAUACCUCUCCGUAGCCGUCGGUGUGUCCAUCGCAGCAUUCGCAAGGGCGGUUUUAGAGGGCAGUACACAACCCGGUGUUUGGUUUCCUGAGGAGGAGGGGGGAAUUAAAGUCGAAGAUAGGGCAAAGCUGCUUGAACGUGCCAGCAAAGGAACAAGCAAUUUCAUCAUGAACAGACCACCGUGGAUGAUAGAGAAAGACCCGAAGGAAAUCGGGUUUGGUCUUUACCUUCAAUAGGAAGAGAAAGGCGUGAGAAAAGUAGACAAACAAGUUUUUGUUCAUCGUUAUUGUUUCGAGGGAAGCUUUUGAGCUGCCCACGUAAGACCUCCGGGACAACUAUGACCGGAGCCAACAGUCAGGUAGUCAUGGUAGAAGAUUACAUUUCUAUGUAGAUGUCUUAUGAAGGACUUUCGAAAUUAGACUUGUCGGCCUCGACACGUAGAGGACAUGUAUAUUACGUUGUAGCAAGACAUUCUUCAGUUGUAAAAUACUCGUCAAUUCAGAUCUCCUUGAGCUCAGAUCAUCCAAGUUUGUCUCCGUGUUAGGGUCCUGUAGUGUACAUUGCCACAUGGAAAGUGAACCGCUCCAGGUAGUCUUGGGAAACAAAAGCCUUUGCAAUCACGGAUUUGUGUCCUGUGCACGCACAUGGAGAGACCCUUUUGAUCCUGUCUGUCGUCGAAUUGUUGUUAGCGUGAUACGAGUCGACAGUCCGCCAAGCCAACGAAGAGCUUUUGGACGGUUAGACCCUUCUGUAUAUCUCCCUCCGACCUUCAUCUGAAGACGUUAACGAUGUCAU